UACUUGACUCGGAAUCCAACAGCACGAAACGAACGCACCGCUCGCUUCCGCCCCUCCCCAACCUCCGUACCCUCCCUCCCCCCACCGCCGCGCCGUCCGCGCCCGCCGCCUCAGCUGAGCGACGGCCGGGCCCUCUCGGCGGCGGCGAUCGACGAUGGUGGUGGCCACGGAGGAAAUGGCGGUCUACUGCUUCGACACCCUCGUCGCCCACUACAGCGGCGAGCAGCCGCCGCCGCCCGCCUUCGAGGAGGGCGUCCACCCACUGUUUGUCACCUGGAAGAAGGCUACCAAUGGUUCCGAGCCACGCCUAAGGGGAUGCAUCGGAACUUUGGAGCCCCGUCAGAUUGUAAGCGGCUUCAAGGAUUACGCGCUGACCAGUGCCCUGAGGGAUCGGCGCUUUUCUCCGAUACAGUCCAAAGAGCUGCCAUAUUUGGAAUGCACAGUUUCUAUAUUGACUGAAUACGAAAUUGCACUCAACCACCUUGAUUGGGAGGUUGGAAAGCAUGGUUUAAUUAUUGAGUUCACCGAUCCUGACUAUAAUGUAAGACGGAGUGGAACUUAUUUACCUGAGGUUGCUGCCCAUGAAGGAUGGACACAACUAGAGACCAUUGACUCGCUCAUGAGGAAGGCUGGCUAUAAUGGCACCAUCACCGAGUCUUUGAGGAAGAAAAUCCGCGUCACCCGCUACCAGAGUACCCUGUACACCAUGCACUAUGGUGAAUAUACUGCAUAUGUCAAGAAGAACAGAGGUGAAAUUAACGGGGCACCCAUAGUUAAUGGAUUCAAACCAGGCCAGUGAUUUAUCUGUACUGUAGCAGGUAAUACAACUAUUUUUAAUUUGGCUUGGAAGGAAUUGGUGUGAGAAUUUGUUCGAAAAAAUCAACUCUAGUCAUUGAUCUGCCAUCAUGCCAUUUCAUUCCAAAGAAUGUGGGGUGCCAUGUCAACGGCCCUCAUGUCGUUCUGGGACAAGUUAAAUGGUGAUGGUUAUGUAUCUGUAAGCCUAUGCACUUUGAUUACAAAUAAUUGUGUGAAAUUAAUUGAUUUAAGUUGUUCA